CUUGUCACUGUUCUUCAUUUCCAAGCCAAUUUGUCAGACAAGUUCCAUAAAACACAGUCUCUAUCAAGCAGCACUAGUAAACUUAACUUAAAAACAAAGCAGAGGAAAAUAAAGUAGAGGCUAUUAUUUGGAACUCUGAACUUUGAUUAAACUUCAUUUCCUGUUUUUCUUUGAAAUAACUUGGACUCUUAUUUCCUGUCUCAGUUAAUUAUGGCUCUGAAGUCUUGGUGUUUAGUGGUGGCAACUAUUUUAUUAUGUAAAAAUGGAUCCAUGGAACUUCCUCCUCCUUGUGACAGCCAUAUCUAUUGUACUGGAGAGCUUCUGGAACAAGUGCAGAUGAACAGACUUUUUGAUGACGACAAGUAUUUUGUGGAUAUGAAGUUGAAGAAGAAUCCAGACAUCGUUUGGGAAGCUUUCCAAAACCUCACCACUGCCUCCCCUGUCAGGAAGCCAACGAAGCAGCAGCUGAGCAAUUUUAUCCAAGAAUACUUUGACGCUCCCGGACAGGAGUUUGAGAAAUGGAUACCGGAUGACUGGAGAGACAAGCCGCAAGUCCUCCAGAGGAUUUCAGAUGAGAAUCUGCAAAUUUGGGCUACAAAACUGCACACUUUAUGGAAAUCUCUUGGGAGAAAGAUUAAGGCAGAUGUACAGUCACACCCAGAGCUGUAUUCCCAGAUCUACGUGCCCAAUCCAGUGGUUGUGCCAGGUGGUCGCUUCAGGGAAUAUUAUUACUGGGAUUCUUACUGGAUAAUAAAAGGACUUCUAAUCUCCGAGAUGAGUAAAACUGCUAAAGGAAUGAUUGAAAACUUUCUGCAUCUCGUCCACAGGUUUGGCUUCAUCCCAAAUGGAGGACGAGUGUAUUAUCAGCGCAGAAGCCAGCCACCAUUCCUGACGUUAAUGGUAGAGAGCUACAUCCUUGCUACAAAUGACACGGCCUUCUUGACGGAAUGCAUUGAUCUUUUGGACAAGGAGUAUGACUACUGGAUGAAGAAUCGAUCAGUGCCUGUCAUCUUGGGCGAUAAAACUCAUUAUCUGAAUAACUAUAAUGUUGAAGCAGCUGGCCCCAGGCCUGAGUCCUUCAGCAAGGAUGUAGCUUUAGGACGGAAUCUAACAGAAGCUGCCAGGCAAGACCUGUGGGUGGAGCUGAAAACGGGAGCAGAGUCUGGCUGGGAUUUCUCAUCGCGCUGGUUCAUUGACUCCAAUGGAGAGAAUAAUGGAAUGUUAAAAAACACAAAAACCAGGCAAAUCGUUCCUGUUGACUUGAACUCCAUCCUCUGCAGGAACGAGCGAAUCUUGGCAUUGUUUCAUGAGCAGCUGGGUAACUUUUCCAAAGCCCAGUUCUACAAGGAGGCCAUGAACAAACGGAUUGACGCUGUGCGUGAAGUUUUCUGGGACAAUAAACAAGGAAUUUGGUUUGAUUACAACUUGAUAAAUCGCAGGAAUAAUGCUGCAUUCUAUGCUUCCAACUUGGCUCCUCUCUGGGCCAAGUGCAUUCUUGAACAAGUACCGGGACAAACUGCAGAGGUGGUGGUCCGUUACCUUGAGGAGCACCAUCUCCUUGAGUAUAGGAAUGGAAUUCCAACCUCUCUGGUGCAAAGUGGUGAGCAGUGGGACUACCCCAAUGCCUGGCCACCUCUUCAGCAAAUCAUCAUUGAAGGUUUGGCAAAGUCUGAAUCAGAAAGGGGUCAGAGAAUUGCAUUUCAACAAGCCCAGAAGUGGAUUCAAUCAAACUGGGGUUUGUACAAGAAGCACCAAGCCAUGUAUGAGAAGUAUGAUGUGAAUGGUGACAGUCAACCAGGUGGAGGUGGGGAAUAUGAUGUACAGUCUGUCACUGGGACCACCCUACCAGUUUGGCUGACGUCCCCGGGGCCAGUGCUGCUCCGGAAACAUGUAAGGAGCAAUAAGUACUCCCCGCUGGUGGAGAGGGUUCACCUUCUACAUGCGAACCCCCAGUAUGCUUACGUGGUCUUACCUGAUGGGCGGGAGGACACGGUCUCCAUCCGCGACCUGGCACCCGCAGGUGCAGCAGACCACUACCCUGAAGGCUCUCCGGUAACUAUGAACCCUGCACCAGAGUUGACACCGUGCUCACCAGGCCCUACACAGACUCCUCACGACACUUGUAUACCGGGCGUUUCGUACGCAUUUAUACCAGGCGCCUCGCACAUGCAUGAGGGAUCACCGGCACCUAGUGGGCAAGAACACCCGCAACCCCCGUCCCCUGUGCAAUCACCGAUGUUGCCGGCAUCUAUGCGGUCACAGCCGGUGCUACGUAGAUCGCAGCGACAGAUUCGACCACCUGAUAGACUUGACUUGUAAGAAACUUCGCCACAUGAGGAUUUUUUCAAACGAAGGGGGGGUGAAUGUGGUGAACUAUGUGCCUGUCGGGACACGCCCCUGCUGACUGCUCCUGUGGCUCCUCCCACAGGCCCCUGUAUAAAGGAGAUCUGCGGCCUGACGCUCGGCCUCAGUCUCCAAGACAUUGUAUGAUAGACACUCACUCCUGGUUCCUUCUUCCAGUCAAUAAAAGCCGAUAUCUCGC